CUUGGACAAGGUGUCUUGUUGCGGCUUUAAUGUAAUUUUUCCCUUGAACUUAUCUUUUAGUGACGACUAUCUCUUCUAACUAUGCAUUAGUGUACUCUCACCUGGUUCAAGGCAGAUUUGUGGGCGCUUCUGUAUACUCGAGAUAUUCAUCUGAUCCUUUUCUUUAACGGGGCAACACUGGGCUUAGUCCACAGAAGAUGCAACCUUUGAGUCUCUGCAUUCUGAGGCCGAAGCCGGAGCCUACAGAUUCACACUUACCGAUUGUGUCUUCAAACGGAAAUGAAAUUGAUGCUUCCCUAGAUCUCCCGAAGAAGGAACCACUUUAUUCCGAGGCACUGCCUGCUGUUCAUUCAACAUUCAAAACAGAACAAGUUGGCAUUCUUGAUUCACUGGAGAGUCGUUACAACCCUGCAACUGGAGAACCUUUGGUAUCGGAUGUUACUGAACAAGAACAGCCAAUUCACCGUUGUGAAAGCUGUGAAAAAAUCUUUUCAAGCAGAAGCAGCCUCGGAGCUCACGUAAAGUGUGUUCAUUUGAUUCUUUGACGCUCUCUAUUUCGGUGUAUGCCAAAGACUGCCUAGAUUAUUAUACGUAUUGCAGGUAAUGUGUCCCAAAGGUGUCCCAAGUCGUCCAUGUUAGCUGUUUACUUGCAGUUGAUGCACACCUUCUCCUGUGUGGUGUAUGUAAAAGUGACACUGAACUUUUUCCUGUUGCAUGUCGCUUUUUCGUUUUAUUCUCACCAAUACAUUACUG